AUGUCGAAAGAUCCAUCUCUAUGGUAUAGAGAUAAGGAUAAGCUACGAAUUGGUGAAAUUAAUAGAUAUAUCUUACAAUACAAAAGACAUAUUGGAUCUAAAAUAUCAAAAAUAUACUUUAGAUUGAAGAAUAUUGAAAAUAGUGGAAUUAGGGCAAUUCAUUUGUUGAGUGGACCAUUCAUUUUGUACUGUCAUGUUGUACCUUGCAAUUAUAAUCCUAAGAAGAAAUUUGAACCUGAUAAUGUGAAUGAAAAUCCAGAAUUAGUGUUUGAAAAUCAAAUUAAACCUAAUCAAUCUUUUAAUGUGGAGUUAAUAUUGAAUGAUAAUUCGUUACUUGAAACUGUAAUAGAAAAUGAUAUGGAAGCUCAAAUAUUUCAAUGGGAAAUUGAUGUGGUGUCUCAAAUAGUUGUUACGAAAAAGACGGAAGUAGAUUAUGAUUUCUUGAUUGGUGAUGAUCCAAAAGUGUUGAAGCAAUUAGGAUACAACAAAAUUCAAAGAACCUUGACUAGUAUUGGCAUGAGUGAUGAAGAAGAAAAAUCGAUAGAAAAAGACUUGGAAUUGGAGGGAAUGCUCAAGAAAUCAUUCAAUCCCCUGCUAUCGGUAACAAAAUUAAGCACUAAUGACAUCUGGAGUAGAUCACCACCAAAUCCAAAAGAACCUGUGCAUUUAAUAAUUUUAACACAUGGGAUAUUUUCUAAUUUAACUGCUGACAUGUUGUUUUUGAAAGAAGAAUUAGAAUCAAAAGUCAACGAAAAUAUAAUGAUUAGAGGUUUUCGAUAUAAUGCAGGGAGAACAGAGAAGGGAGUAAAGAAAUUGGGAAGAAAUGUUGGAAAUUACAUUGUGAAAGUUUUAGAGAAGGAGCCUUAUAAAUUUGAUAAAAUAUCCUUCAUUGCUCACUCUCUAGGUGGAAUAGUUCAAUUAUACGCCAUCAAGUAUAUUUUGCUGAUAAAAGGUUCCGAUUAUUUUGAUAGAAUUAAUAUAAAACCAAUCAAUUUAAUAUCAUUGGCAAGUCCAUUCUUAGGUAUAUUGAAUGAAUUAAAUUUCAUCUUAUCUUGGUUCUUAGAUAUUGGGACAUUGGGUAAAACUGGACGAGAUUUGACAUUACUGAGAAGGCUACCGAGUUGGAAAGACGUUGAGUUAAAAGAUCAUCAUACCAGAGAUAGUUUUAAACCAGUUUUAGAAACUUUGCCAGAUGACCCUUUGCAAUCAUUCCUAGGAAAAUUUGAAAAAUUGACCGUUUAUGCAAAUGCCAUUAAUGACGGAAUUGUUCCUUUAAGAACGGCAGCACUACUAUAUUUAGACUAUGAGGCAUUGGGUGAUGUAAAUCAAUUGAAAAAAACAAAUCAUAUACUGGAUCAUCCCAAUUUAGAAGAUGAGAAUCAUGAGGUAGAAAGCAAUGAAAGUGAAGAAGAUGUUGAUGAAGUUCCUGAACAACCAGACGAUAUAAACUCCCAUGGAAAUCCAGAUGACAAUCUGGGUAAUUUAGAAACCGUUAAAAAAGAUGAAGGAAAAGUUCAACAUGACAAGCGGGAAAAACAAAAUCAUCGUUUAACUUUUACAAAAGACAAAUAUAAUCAGUUUCGAAAUUUAAGUUUACCUGCAAGAGCUAAGAUGAGUAAAAGACAAAAGAAAUAUAAACAUUUUUCCAUUAAAGGGUCUGAUACUAAUGAUUCUGGUAAUCUUAGUUUGAAAAAUGGAAAUGGUGUGCAAAAUAAUAAUAAUAAUAAUAAUGAAGAAGAAAUUGAUGCUAGUCAUGAGACCAACUCGAUAAAUACUGCAAAAUCAAAUUCGUCAGAGGAAUCUGUUGAAAUAACAGUUCCUCCUAGAGCUUCAGCUAUAGAAUCUGCUAUAAAUACUUUAAUUUGUCCAAUACCAUCUUCUGAAUAUAUAAUGAAUCCUAAUUCUAGACAACCAGUUAUUUUUCAUGAUAAAUAUUAUCAUUUUGAUAAAUCAGAAGUAUCAAAAAUUGAUUCAAAAGUAAAUUCAAAUGAAUCUAAAAAUCAUUGGUUUAAAAGUUUUAAAAUUUUUCAAAAAUAUUCAGGAAAUUGGAAAUUAUAUAGACAAGUAUUAAUUGCAAAUAAAUAUCAUACAAAUAAAUUAUAUUGGAGAAAAGUUUUAGUUAAUUUACCACCAGAUGCUCAUAAUAAUAUUAUCGUUAGAAGAAGAUUUUCAAAUGGUUAUGGUUGGGGUGUUGUAAACCAUCUUUGUGAAAAUUUGUUUGAUACUAAAGUACUGAAUUCAAAUAAUAAUCAAGUGAAUUAUCAAAAUAUGGAGAAAAAUGAAUAUGGUCAUUUGAAUAAUAACAACAUGAGAGAAGAGGAAUCUAAUGAUGACAUCAAUCCUGGUGAUUUGAAAGCUAAAAUUUAA